AUGGUUAAGUUGCGCGUUGCCGCGAGGAUCUUCUCGGAGGACAACUACCUCCAGAGUCUUCAGGGAUCCGCCACGUCACCCGUCAAAGGUGAGAAGCGGCUGGUGGUGGUUGUGCGAGAUCCAUACAAAUGGCAGAUUGGAACUCUAGCUCUCGAGGUGCAGAGAGCAUACCGAAGCUGCUACCAAGUUGAGCUCCCGACCAUCAAGUACCUCAAGGACAACGAAGACGACUGCGACCUGGACCCGCGAGCCUAUGUGUCGGAUCUCCUUCUCGACGAAGGCCGGGCCCAAAUCGAUGCUUCUGACCAGCGCGUCACGAUCAAGGUCAUCUUGGAGCAAGGGCUGGCUCUACGACAAGGAUCUGUCGCGAUCGGUAGCCAGUUGGACGACCCCCGCUACCAAGACCAACUCGAGAAGAGUUCGCGGCCCCCCGUUCCCACCUUCCCUGCUCAGCCGUCGUCAUUAGGCAAACGCUCAUUUCCCGUCGGCGACGAGUACGGUUUGACAGCCUCUGCGAACAAGAGGCCCCGACAAGUUGAGAUACCAGAGACACAAAGACAAGAUCAAAUUCCAGUGUCUUCAAUUGAACACGAGGACGUUCACGGUUCAAUCGAGCUAGUGGAAGGCACACAGUUUACCAACCCGGAGCAAGAUUCGGAAGGACGGCAGAAUCUCGUCCAGCUCAAGCAAGAGUCCCCCGAACUGCGGAGGAUGCUACAGAAUGUCACUCCCGCGACUCUCGACGAGCUUGAGGAGUUGACAGAAUGCCCUCCAACUUUUGGCACCAACAAGAGACCGAGGGUUGGUUCGACGUAUGCCAACAACUCGCGUGCCUCGCAUCAGCCGAACGGUCUCCUGCCGUCUACCAAUUCCCUCGGGCGGCUGCAGAAGCGCUCGCAAGGACCGAUUACACCUCCCUCAGAGACAUCGAGAAGGCUCUCUAACUCCGUGACCCACCAGUCUCGACGCUCGGAAGAGGCCGCAAAAUCUACCGCUCAGUCGGGAUCGGCAUCGACAUCGGCUAGCAAAUUCAAGAGGCGUGACAUCUACGACUACCCAGAAUCGGAGAUUGAUGAUUCCCAAAUGUCCCCGCGGUCGCGACAGGCGCAACUAAGUAAUCGAAAGUCAAUGAACAAUUUAUCGCAUAUUGCGAAUCUACAAUCCCCUCGUGAACCCGAGGAAACCGAUUUUGGAUUCACCAUCAGCCAAGCCAUCGAAGCUCUGGAGACAGAGUCCGUAUUUGACGACAGCCACCCACUCGUUGAAUCCUUGCCAGCGCCUGAUCUCAAUUUUGACAAGACGAACUCGGGUUCAGCCGAUGAAAUUGAAAACAGUAUCUAUGAGGACGCCGAGAUGGGAGAUGUUGAUCGGUCAGGUCUGAUAGAUAUGAGUAUACCCAAAGGAACAGAGGUCAACGGAGUUACAGAGGCCGAGCAUCUGGAUGGAGAAGAUAAAGAAAACGAGGCAUCGCUUGCGAUAUCUGCCAUACCCCACAAAGAUGCCGCAAAGGCUACACAUACUGAAAAUGUUACGUUAGGCACACAGGAUAAUGCUAAAGAGGGCAAACCCAUCGGCUCGUCAAAGGAUGAUCAGGCACAUGAGAGCCGACCCAACGCGAAGAGGGUUCGAAAACGAAAGUCAGACCCCUUCAGCACGGAUACCAGCAAGCAAGGGUCUACACAGAGACUCGACCACUCCGGCCAGGCUGAUGCAGACAAAAGGGCCAAGAAGGCCUCAAAUACUGUCAAGAAACCCAAGGCAUCGCAGAAGACGUCCACUCUCGACAGUCCAGGAGAGCAGCUGUCCCAGGAUCUUCGGGAGUCGGCAGGGAACCAACGGCACAUGGAGGCCGUGAACAAGAGACUCGCGGCACAGCAGAGAAGUGCGCUGGCAACACCCGCGAAAAAGAAUAAGGUCCAGAAACCAGGGAACAACGCAGAGGGGACUGGUUCUGUGUUGUCGCGUGCUACAGGGGCUAACAAAGAUGUGGUGUCCACGACAACACCUGCGCGGGCGAAGAAUAAAAAGUUGUCGGAAAAGCCAACAGUGGCCACAACAACCCCAGAGAUGGCUGUAUCUCGCUCCUCUCCGACUGUCGUUUUUCAUACUUCACAGUCAAGCCGUGACACGGCCGAUUUAUCGAAGACACCACUUCCGAAUUGGGGUUCUGAGCCUGCGGCGGCUAACAAGCGCGGUUCUUCAGUCACAGACAAGGUGAGUGGAGUCAAGGACGAUAAAGAAGCCGACUCCAAGACCUCGUCGUUUGGUUUGGGCUUGACUCCAGAAGAGAUCAGGAUUCUGGAAAGCCGUAAAGGCAUGACCAAAGAGCAAUAUGAAGCGGAUAAGAAGCGGCGACAGUUGGAGGCGAAAAAGACCGCCGAAGGCCAAAGAAAGCAAGGCGCUGCCACAAAGAAGAAAGCUACCACGGACAAGCCGUCGGUGGACAAAAACGCAGGGCCGCAGAGAUCCAAGACUCCCGAGCCAAAGCCUGCUGUCACUCUGGCGAACACUAAGACGUCUAAAAGUCUUUCUUUCCAAGAAGAUUCACCUGGCCCUGCUGACAAGGUAACACGACCUGACUCGGCGAAAGACAGCGAAAAGGAAAAAGCGUCGAGCCCAGGUAAAGCAGCGUCUGUCCGACGUGAGUCCUCCAGCACGAGCUUCUCAAAGUCGCAAAGCACCGAACCCAAAGUGCCGCCCAAAACGCCCGCCAAAGCAUCCACAAAAAGCCCUUCCGUACAAUCGUCCACCAUCAGCGAGACACCCAAGCCGAGUGCUGGCGCACAAUCGUCUGAGAAAGCCAAGAGCUCUGUGACAGGGAGAUCCACCACCCCGGCGCCAGCCGCAAAGAGUGAGUCGAAGAUAGGAAAGACACCUGCCAAAACGCCUCAAACGAAAAAGCCGACACUCGGGACAGCUAAGCGCCUGGUCGACCUGCACGAGGUGGUCCGGGGUGCGAGCAAAGCGAGCAAGGCUGCAGCGGAAAGCGUCCUUUCUCGUGUAAAUGCGGCCAAACAGAAACAGAAGCCGAUGACCUUCACCCUCGGUGAUGACGAUGACGAUGACGAUGACGACGAAAGCGACGACGAAAGCGAAGAGGAGGAGGCUGAGAAGGUCAAGGUCGUUGUGCCUCCCCGCAAGACGGGUCAAGACGAGGGCAAGAGCAAGAGCCAGAGCCAGAUCAAUAACAACAACAAGAAGCAGAACAUCAGCAGCAGCAGCACUUCCGAUGACGACUCAUCGACCACAUCAACCUCCUCGCCGUCAUCAGAGGAAGCGGGAAAGAACAGAAUCACCAACCCCAAACCGAGUCAAGCAAAGGGGAACGUGUCCGGUCGAGCUGGUCGUGCCAGUAACCGGAACAGGACCGCUGCAUCCGAUGAUGACGAUAGCCAAAGUCACAGCGAGGAAGACAGUGCCGACGACGACAGCGAGUCGUAA